GCUCAGGAGAUGUCUGACGCUGUGGAGCAACCGAGUCAAACCAAAAAGAGAUAAGGAUGUGGAGCAGUGAUCGUCAGUAGUUGCAAGCGGAAUGUAGAGAGAAUUAGACGUCUCUUCAUCGGAUAGGUUUUUGAAUUCAACUGCAUUUCUGAACAAAAAAUACACCAUUUAUUUUUAAAGAACAACUUGACACCGUUAACAAACUGGAAGGCCCACGCAUAGACGAUAACCUAAGCUCAAGCUUAAGGAAUCGGAGGGAAGGAGUAAGAAACCCAAUGUCAUCUCAAGAAAAACAGUGCAGCACUCCAACAUCAGAGUUAAAUGACGUGAAUCCAAUUGUGAAACAUGAACCUGACUUGCUCGAUAAUAACAUGGAACCUGAAGAAAGUGAAACAGUUGAAGAAGAGGGAUUCAUGAGCAUUGCUCCACUGCUACAAGCCCAUCAUGCCAUGGAAAAGAUGGAAGAGUUUGUUCAUAAGGUGUGGGAGGGACGAUGGCGUGUCAUCCCCCAUGAUGUGCUUCCUGAUUGGCUGAAGGAUAAUGACUACCUCCUGCAUGGCCACAGGCCACCAAUGCCAUCAUUUCGUGCCUGUUUGAGAAGUAUCUUUAGGAUCCACACGGAAACCUUAAACAUUUGGACACAUCUCAUAGGUUGUCUUUUCUUCCUGGGUCUCGGAAUUUUCUACAUGUUUAGGCCGAACAUAUCCUUUGUGGCUCCGGUGCAGGAAAAAGUAGUAUUUGGGGCGUUCUUCCUGGGGGCUAUACUCUGCCUUUGUUUCUCUUGGUUAUUUCAUACAUUCUACUGCCAUUCAGAAAACGUUUCACGUGUAUUUUCCAAAUUGGACUAUUCUGGUAUAGCACUUCUAAUCAUGGGCAGUUUUGUGCCAUGGUUGUAUUACUCCUUUUACUGUAACCCCCAGCCAUGUUUCAUUUACUUGCUCGUUGUCUGUGUACUUGGCAUCGCAGCAAUUAUAGUUUCCCAAUGGGACUAUUUUGCAACACCACAGUACAGAGGUGUACGAGCUGGAGUAUUUGUAGGUUUGGGGUUGAGUGGAGUUGUGCCUACCCUGCACUUUAUGAUAUCUGAAGGAUUUUUCAGGGCUGCUACAAUUGGACAGAUUGGCUGGUUAUUCCUGAUGGCAGCAUUGUAUAUCACAGGAGCUGCCUUAUAUGCUGCCCGUAUUCCUGAGCGUUUCUUCCCUGGAAAAUGUGAUAUUUGGUUUCAUUCUCAUCAGUUAUUCCAUGUUCUGGUUGUGGCUGGUGCAUUUGUCCACUUUCAUGGAGUCUCUAACCUUCAGGAAUUUCGUCAUGGUGUUGGUGGUGGAUGCACUGAUAAUGACUUGCUAUGAAACUGAUCUCUCUUUAGAUGUGCGAUAAAACUAUGAUCAAUGGAAUUGGUGAUAGAAUAACUGAAAGACCUGUUCUGAUAAUUCUUACCACAGUUGUAAUUUGGGUCAAUCAGUCCAAUAUUGCGUGUUUCACGACUAGUGAUCAAUUUUCUCACCUAUUUUGGAUGAUGCUGUAAUGUCCAUCUAUGCCUAGAAACUAAUGGUAAUCAGAUGAACAGGAACCAACUGGAAGGAUGAAUAACUGGUUUGAGCUUCAUCGGGAGUACAGGACUACAGCUGCAUCAGAAUGGUGUUUUUCCACGGUGAUCAUGGGUGGUAAAAGGAAGUUACGCUGAUAGAGAAGGACAAAGCCACUAUGCUUGAAGUCAGCAAACAAAGGGUUGCCCAUGCAAUCGUCCAACUAGUUGUAAAAUCCCAAUUAAAAUAUGUAAAUUAUAAAUUAUAAGCUAGUAUGUAAUUUACAUAAUUGCUGAAUCUGAAGCAAAGUUCUGCUUUUACUGAAUACCAUAUUUAUUUCUAUGAAAAGAUAUAAAGUGGAAGAAGAAUUUGAAGGAAUUAAUACUUCUGAGCAGAGUCUGCUGCUUAUUAGAUAAAGGUCCUUGUAAAUAAGAUUUCUAACUUUCAGUUAAUUAGAAGAUUUAUAUUAUAAAAGACUUUUGUACAGAAAGCAUUCGCAAGAGUACCACACACUGUUAACUUACAUUGCACAAAUAUUGGUAGACAUCACUUCAGGUAGUAGAAAGAUGCUAGCAUAAGAAGCAAUGCAAAAAAGCCUUCCUUGUGAUGGCUUGCCCAUUAAGUGUGCUCUGAGGCCUGGUAAUUUUAUUUCUAUUCAGUUGUAUGCUAUGCUAAUAGAUAGCAGUGACCGGUGAAAUCAACUUGAAGCAGGCGUGCGCAAAUUUCUACUGAUUGUGCACCCAGUUCAACUUGUAAGGAAUUAUGCCUAUAUAUGUAUACAUAUGUUCUAAUGACAUAUUCAUGCAUAUAUGAGCAAUUUUAUUUUUAUUGUCGUGAUGUUCUGUGCAUGGGUUGGGGGUAGUAGGACUUGUCACUACAUUUGUUGGUUAGUUUGUAAAUGGUUAGUGUAAAGUGAUGUAACUGGACUGAUGCAGUUUGCUUUCAGUAUCAGUUAGAAUUGGAAAUCAUCAGCUUUAAAACAUAUUUUCAGUUUAUUUUGUCACUGUGUGGAUGUUCCAGAAAAUCCUAAAUUACAGAAAUAGGCAGGUCUUUUUAUGGUUUCCUUUAUUGUUGGAGGACUAUGGUGCAAAAUUGCUUCUUUCCUCAUUCCUGACCACAGCAAUAGUGAGGAAUCUAAGCACCAAGGUUUCCAUUUCAGAUAGAUGUUUUUGAACAAAUAAGUCUACCCACUUUAUAUCAUUUAACUCAUUCACUGCACUCCAGUUGCAUUUGAGUGUGACAGCUUCUGUUAUCUACACAGCUGUAAAUGAUGACAGUUACUUUUUUAUGGCUGGAAGUUUUCAGUGGAAAUGGUGGUGAAAUUUUUUACUCUGACAAAGGAUAGUCGUAUUACUCAGUAUUAAUUAGUGCUUGCUUUGGCACUGGAUUACCAUGGAUAAUUUUAUCUUCUCUUCCCCCUCUUCCUAAAUUAUUAAAGUUGCCCUGGUAUUUGGAUUGGUUCAAGCUGGACUGCUGAUUGAAGUGCUUACCAUGGAGGAGGAAAGACGAACCUAGUUUCUGUUUGCUGAGCAUGAAGUAAUAUUGACUGCCGUUAUGAAGAAGCUUGCAAUACUAACUAAAGUGAUGCAUUAUGGGCAAAAGGGGAGAAAAAAGAUAGUAAAGAACUAAAGUCUUAGCUCAGUAGCUCCAACAAUAUAAAGUACUCAACUCUGAGGUACUUGUAUCCAGCUCCCACCAUUUAAAGGUAUAGGGUUCAUAAAUCUAAAAUAAGAGGAUGUAGUCCUCUUUAGGGGGAAUUUAUCUUGAUUAUUCUAACAUUUAAUAUUGCUUGAUCUUUGUUUCCUUCCCCUCCACCCCACCUUAAAAAAAAGACCAGUAUAUCAUCCUGCCAUGCAGCUAGACUGACUGCUGGUGCAAGUAUCAAACUUGGAAUGUAGUCUUUAAACCUUGCCCUAAAGGGAGAAAAGUUGUCAGGUCUUGGCAAGAGAAGAUAUGAUAUGAAUCCAAGCAUUAAAUGUAGUGGAUCAAUUUCUUAUGUUGUACAUAAUUGAUUUGAAAUGAGUUAUUCAGAGAUAUCUUGAGAGAUGGAUAAAAAUGUUCACAAUCUGCUCAAGAGUCACUCGCAUGCACACAUAAAAAUGGCACCUUUAUCCCCUGUGAAUUACCUGAGAAGAGGUAGCAUCUGGCUAUUUCAAAUCUAGACUUUUGGUGUGUUGGAAUGUUGUCAUGCUAUUUCCAUGAGUGCAUCUGAAUGAUUGGAAUCCUGCGGGAUUCUAAUUUUUCUUUUUUGUCAAACACUACCUGAAAGAAAUACUUGCAAAUGAACUCAUCUGGUCUGGAAAUGAAAUAGCUAAAUUACCAAAAUGAGAAAUCUUUUAAAAACAAAGUUCUGUACUUGGUUUUCUUGUAUUACUUACACAGCAUUUGCUGCUUAGUUCAGAUAAGAGUUCCCAAGAGUUUGCCCUAUGCCUUACUUGGAUCAGUUUUUUGCUUGCUGUGAGGAGUGUUUUAUAGUCAAUAAUAUUUCAUUUUCAAAUAAAAGGAGGCCUUGUUUAUUUUAUUUUCCACUGCUUUACUUCGAAUGUCUCUAGAUUAUAUAUUGGCUGAGGGUGCAUAAUUGGAUUUUUACUUGAUGUAACAUUUAAUUCAUCUAAUAAAAAAAAUAUAAUUUU